AUGAUUUUUAAAUUUUUAUUAGUUAGUUUUUGUAUUGUUCAUUUAUCAUCAUCAAGACAUCGUAGUUUAUCCAAUAGAUUAGCAAGUUAUCGUAAUGAACGUAGAAAUUCAUUAUCAUCAUUGGCAUCAUCAUUUAGUUCAUCUGAUGCAUCUAUACCAACAUGGUCAGGUGGACAAUUUGAAUGGCCAUGUGAAACAACAAAGUUACUUUAUAAAAAUGGUGGUAAUUUUAAUAAAAAAAAUAUUAUUGCAACAAGAGGUGCUAUGUACAAAGAACAUGCAUAUCUUGCUUUACCAAGAUUUAAAUCUGGAGUACCAGCAACACUUGCACGUGUAUCAACACAUCCAAAGGAUGGAUCAUCAAAGCUAGAACCAUUUCCUUGUUGGGCACUUCAAGAAGAAGGAAAUUGUAAUGCAUUACAAAGUGUCAUUGAUGUUUUUCUUGAUCCAUAUAAUAUUUUAUGGGUUCUUGAUACUGGUAUUGUUAAUUCACUUGAGUCACCAGUUCGUACAUGUUCACCAAAAGUUGUUGCAAUUAAUCUUGAAACUGGAAAGAUGGUAAAAACAGUUCAAUUAAAAAGUUUAGCUGAUGAUAUAUCAAGAUUACAAUAUGUCAUUGCUGAUUAUGGUCAAGAUGGACGUGUAUUUAUUUAUGUUACUGAUGCAGCAAAUAAUGCAAUAUUGGUGUAUGAUGUAUCAUUUGGUGGUGGAUAUCGUGUAACAUUACCAGAUGAUAUGGCUUUUGGUGGACAAAAACGUGAUAUAUUAUAUCCAGUAUUGUUACGUUUACCAGAUGCUACAACAGCACUUGUAUUUUCAUAUUUUGGUAGUUCAAGAAUGUUUUCAAUACCUUGUAGUUAUUUGCAAAGUGGUUGUGCUAAUGGUAAAAUUGAAGAUCGUGGAAAAAAACCGGGUAAAAUGAUUAUAAUUGGUACUGAUAAUGGUAGUGCAAUGUUCUUUAGAUAUGAAGGUAAAACAGAAAUAUAUAGAUGGGAUGCAUUGACAUCAUUUUGUAGUGAAAAUUUUCAAAAAGUAUCAAAUGGUGAUGAAUAUGGUUGCUCACUUGCAAUGCAUGUUUUUCCUGAUUAUGAGAUUAAUGGAAUGAGAAUUUUAGCAGCUAAUUUUCCAGAUUUUAUAAAAGGUACUGUUGGUUGUGGUGUUGAUCAUUCAUUAUCAAUAGAUGAGUGUGAUAGACUCUGGGUACUUGAUACUGGACGUGUUGAUGGAAAAAGAAUUUGUCCAGCUCAAUUGCUAGUUUUUAAUUUAAACAAUGACAGAUUAAUAGAAAGAAUUAUAAUUGAUGAUCAUAUAUCUGUUAAUGAAUUUACUGGUCUUGGAUUUUUGGUAACGCCAAUUGUAACAACAUCUGGAAACCAAUGCCAAGAGACUCGUUUGUUGAUGAUAUUUAUAAUAAAAAUAGUCGAAAUAAAUACAAUAAAAAGUGAAAAUUUAGAAACAAUUGCUGAAUGGAAAUUGCUUGAUUUUAAUUUACCAUAUGAUGAAGAAUUUAUGAAUAAUUAUAAUCGAAAUAAUAUUGUACCAACUGGUAUUGAAGUAUCAUGGAAUAAAAUAUUUAUAGCGACACCAAGAUUAAAGUCUGGUGUACCAUCAACAAUAAGUUUUAUAUCAAGAAAUAAAAAAUCAAAUAAUGGACAAAAACUUGAAGCAUAUCCAAAUUGGAGUUAUCAUCAAGCUGGUAAAAAUAAUUUUAGCUGUACUGGUUUAAUAUCAGUAUACAGAAUGAGGCUGGACAGUUGUAAUCGUAUUUGGAUACUUGAUAGUGGUAUUAAUACAUCAAUUGAUGAUUUUCAAUCAGUUUGUCCACCAAAAAUACUUAUAUUUGAUCUUAAAACAGAUCAGCUAGUUAGACAAAUUAAUUUUCAAAAAGAUGCUGUUAGACUUAAUUCAUUGUUUACUAAUUUAAUUAUUGAUGAAACAGAUGCAAAUACAUGUGAUGAUGUUUUUGUUUAUAUCAGUGAUACAACUGGACCCGGUCUUGUUGUAUUGGACGGUCGAAAUGAUAAAAGCUGGAGAUUUCUUCAUGCUUCAAUGCUUCCUGAUCCAUAUGCUGCUACUUACCAAAUUGGACAAGAUAUAUUUGAGUUGUUUGAUGGAAUAGUUGGUCUUGCAUUUUCACCACGUCAACGUAAACUUUAUUAUCAACCAUUGGCAACAGAUCGUUUAUUCAGUGUUUCAACAUCAUCACUUAAAUCAGGUCCACCAGGUUUUAAUGAACAAUUACCAGUUGAACUUGUCGGUAGAAAAUCAAGUCAAGGUCUUGGUAUUGCUGUUGAUCCACGUGAUGAUACAAUUCUUUUUUCACCAUUAACUGAAACUGCUAUUGCCACUUGGAAUCCUCAUACUGCUCAUCACAGAAUUAUUGCAUACAGUCCAAUUGCUCUGCAAUUUGUUGCUGAAGUUAGAUGGAUUGAUCGUGACAAUGGUAACACGUGGAUUUUAUCAUCAAGAUUUCAAAAAUUUUUUCUACAAAAUGUCAAUCCAAAUGAUAUUAAUAUUAGAAUUAUGAGAAUUGUACAAAAUAUACAGUAUCAGCCAUACUAUAAUACAUAUAAUUUAUACAACAAUACACUUGUUAAAUAAAAGCAAAUAAUUAUA